AGUGGUGAUGGUAGACUGUAGUAACUAUCUUGUCUCGCGCAAGUAAAGGAAGGAAAGCCGUUUCGCCUGUGUUGUUUUUACAAUCGCAACUCUGUUUAUUCCUUAUUCCGUACACAUUUGUGUCAUCCGAAAUACUUUUUUAAUGUUAUGUCAAGUCCUCUCUGCGCAAAUUUGAAGCUUCUCCCCCCACGUCGAGGUUUCGCUUAGCACAGCCGGCGCUAGUCUCAGUCUCGUUGUGGUUAUCGUGUGGAAAUGUGCAAAAUCGAAAUGCUGAGAGCGCUGCUCAAUCAGCGAUUGAUUGCAGCCGCCGAGGAAAUAUUUGUAGUGUUUGAAAAAACCAUAACAGAGUACGAGGAGGAACUGAGCCGGACGAAAAGGGAAAACGAGCGACAACGUCAACAACUGGACCAUUUCAAGCCUCGAGAAAUGUUACGCGGAGCAGAUCCAAGUGCACCAAAUCUUCCCCCUAAGCAGCAGGACUGGGGCUCCGGGGUGGACCAGGAGGUGGCAGAUCCGCCACUCAUUAAAGAAGAAGAGCAUGCUCAAGGGCUGGACUUCCCUGAGUUUCGUGUCAUUGUGAAGAGUGAGGACGAUGACGGCAAUAAUCAAAUUGAACAGAGCAGAGGGGAGGAGCCUCCAAGCGACAGCUCAAAUCAGCACAUGACAACAGAAGGCGACCAGUGUGGAGGAUCGCAAGCAGACAGCCUCCUCCCUCCACUAUCAGAUAGCGAUGACAUCAUUUCGCACACUCCUGACUCCGGUGACGAUGAACACGCUAAAGCUGACAAGACGCGUCACAAUGACAAUGAACCCUGGAAAUGUUCUCAAUGUGACAAAACGUUUGGACUCAAGAUCAAUCUGAAAAGACACAUGAUCAUUCACACGGGCGAAAAACCUUUCAUCUGCUCAGUGUGUGGCAAGCGAUUCACCCAGAAAGUCCACUUGACGUCGCACGUGAAAAUACACACGGGAGAGAAACCGUUCAGUUGUCCGGAUUGUGGUAAAAGAUUCAAUCGCAAGACACACUUGACAUCGCACACCAGGAUACACACUGGAGAAAAGCCGUUUUCUUGCCCGGCCUGCGACAAAGGUUUCAUUGACUACUCAGCAAUGAUUAAACAUUCACGAAUACACACAGGAGAGAAACCCUAUUCCUGCUCGUUUUGCAACAAAAGUUUUGGCGCGAGCUCAACAUUAGUGACGCACCUGAGAACCCACACAGGAGUGAAACCUUUUUCUUGCUCACUCUGCGACAAAAGCUUCUAUGACUGUUCUGGUUUAGCUCACCACAUGAAAACACACACUGGAGAAAAACCUUAUUCCUGCUCACUUUGCGGCAAAAGCUUCCGUGAAAACUCUCUUUUGACCAGACACAUGAAAACGCACACCGGUGAGAAAGGGUUCAGUUGCAGUGUGUGUGAUCUCAAGUUCACUUACAAGUAUCAGCUUGACAAACACACGUGCGCUGGGGAGAAGAGCGGCACAACAUGAAGCUGGGGGUAUUGAAACAAAGCUCGCAGAUGUGACGGCGUAUUCCACAGUAGUAUGCAGGCAAGUCGGAAUUUGGAGUUGCAACACGCGGGGCAGCAAUGGGGUCUCCUUCAAGAGAGAAGGUUACCAGCGUGUAAGCUCAAGUAAAAGGGUUUGUACCCACAGUACACUAAUAAGCUAAUGUGUACUCAUGAGUAUUGCUGGAUGUGCUGUUUUUGUGUUGCUGCUCUGUGUUUGUUCAUGUUAAGGUUCAUAAUUAUCUAUGAACCCCUUUGCUGCUUUUCACACUAUAUGUUAAGAUUAAGCUAGCGGACUUUUGUUAAGACAAACUGAUAUGAUGUGGUUGAACAUUUUGUGGUUUAAAUAUCCAUUGUUUAAUG